UCAGCAACUUGAAGUGGAAAGGAAGAUCACGACUUGAGCCAUCAUGGUGGAUGAUAUGCCGGCGGCAUCGGACGAAAGCGAUGAGGACGUAGAGACGGCUCUGGGCGACUUGCAGGCAGUUUUCCACGGGCGGCAGGAGAAUCCCGAUCUUGCUCCGCACAUGCCCAGCGAGAAGCAGGGUUAUCGUCAGCGGCAGCUCUUUCCUAAAGGAGAAAAUGCAGGUCGAGACACAACUCGUCAGGCGCUGACCGUGGACCAAAUGCUGGAGCGUCACGUUGGUCAGCUCGGUCGAGGUCAGCUGUGUCAGUUCUUUGUGCUCAAUCUUGCCUGGAUACUGAAAGCCAUCCACACAUUCGUCAUCAUCUUCUCCGACCUGGAACCGGACUGGUCAUGUGUGGGAGGAGGAGGAGGAGGAGGAGCAGGAGCCCUCACCACGAGCUAUACGGCGGACUUGCUCACCACCUCCGCCGCGGUCUCGAUCCCAUCACCUGCGUCGCUUUCCAGCAGCACCUGGAUGACGGCGUGCAAUUCCAGCGCCGCCUCUUCUUCUGCUUAUUGCCAGCUGCCGAGGGCUCAAUGGAACUGGACUAACCCAGAGAGAUCAACAAUAUCCGACUUGGGGAUGUUCUGUGAUCGGAACUACCAAGUAGGCUUGUCCCAGUCUAUCUUCUUCCUGGGGUUCCUUGUGGGGGCAGGCUUCUUCGGGACCGUUUCCGACGGCUCCAUGGGGCGCAAGCGCACGAUGCUCUUGGCCUGCGCGAUCGCGGGGGUGUCGGGAUUGGUGACCGCGGCCUCGCCGAACUUCAUAGCCUAUGUGAUACUCCGGCAUAUCACCGGGAUCGGGACGGCGGGAAUAACACUCAAUGCGUUCACGCUCUCGAUGGAGAUGAUAGGCCCGAAGAGACGAGGGAAGGCGGGCACUUUGGCGCGCUCCUUCCUGGGAAUUGGCAUCAUGCUGCUGCCGCUGAUCGCCUUCCUCUGUGCGGAUUCGUGGCGCUUGCUGUAUGUCGUCUCGAGUGUGCCUUCUCUCUUCUUCGUGCUCCUAAGCGCCAUUGCAGCUAAUGAGUCUCCACGAUGGCUGCUUGUUCAUGGCAGAACAGAGAAGGCGAUGGCCAUUCUGAGGAGCUUGGCGAGGAGGAAUGGAAGACGGAUCCCGCACAACGUGACACUCAAGGAGCCAGAGUGCAAAGGAGGGAUGGUGGCCAAAGGAAUGGUGGGGAGAAAGGGAGGAGAGGACUUGUAUGGAUCGGGAUCGGGCAGAACCAGCGACGGCGGCGAGUCUUGUUCGUCCUCUGCAGACUCGGACAGCGGCGACGACGAGAGCGGGACCAUCGGGAUUGACGAGAGCGGGCUCAUUUGCGGCGAUGGCGGCGAUUCUCGAGCAGCAGGUGCCAUGGCCCCCAAGGUCGGUCAUCCUGAUGGGGAGAGAAAGAAAGCUGGUCGGGAUAGAUGGAAAGGAAGCAGCAUAGGAGACCGCGGGUGGUCGGAGAAGGUGGCAGACAUUCACGCCGGAGGUGGGGACCACAGCUUGAACGGAAAGGAGGGCACGGACGAUGACCACGGAGACGGAGAGCCACACUCGCUGUCAGUGAGCACAACGACAGUGAGUACGGAGCCGCCGUCGAAAUCGUCGUCGUCGUCUUCUUCUUCAUCGUCGUCAACCCUUUCCACUCCUCGGUCAUUGGAGGAUGGGCGGGGUGCUCUGGCCCCCAUGGGGGAGCAUGUGUACCGGGGGGGUGCUGCUGGCUCCGUGGGGGGACCUGUGGAGCUAUCGGCGGAGGGUGCGCGGGGCGCUCCUGCCCCCGGGGGGGGGGCUAAGGAGCUGUUGGAGGGUGCGCGGGGUGCCGCUGCGCCCAUGGGACAUUUGGACCUGCAGGAUGGCAUGUCAUCACCGGGUAGCAAAAGUGCUGUCGAGGGCAGCAACGGCGCCAAGGUGUCGGCUUUCCGCGACGUAAAGGUUCUACAGCAGCAGAAGAAUGUGCUCGAGCGGAUCGUGAUGCCUGGCGGGGGGGUUGAUAAUGCGCUGACGCUGGAGCCAGCAGCGAAGGCCGGGGGGAAGAAAAAAAGAAAAGGCAGAGGAGGCGGCGGAGGACGGGGGGCUUGGCGCGACGUCUUCAAAAGGUGGGAGAUCCUCAAGAGACUCAUAUGCAUCACCUACAUUGGCUUUUCUGCCUCCAUAGCCUAUUAUACCUCUUGCUUGAACAUAGGAAAUCUGGGGUCCAACAUUUACCUGAGCACCGUGUUUAACGGUCUGGCCGAGGUGCCAGCCUACUUCCUCACCACUGUAUUGGUCAAUCGAAGGGGUCACAGGUUCCUUCUCUUCGAUGGGCUUGUGCUGUCAGGCACGUGCUCCAUCAUCGUUGCGAGUAUGUCGACUGUCGUGGGUCGGGACAUCCCCAAAGCAUCCAACGACGCGGACGCCAUCGCUAGGCUCGUCAUAGCCUUAAUGGGCAAAUUCGGAAUCGCGUACACGUACAACAUGAUGGACCUGAUCACGACGGAGUUGUUCCCGACGGCUGUGCGCAACGUGGCCUAUGCGACGGGAUCGCAAUCAGCGCAAGUGGGAGGUGCGAUCGCGACUUACAUCGCGUUGCUGGGGAGAAAGAGCUCAGUCGUUCCCUCGAUCAUGGUCGGGCUGAUGAGCUUAUCAGCGGCCGUCGUCAGCCUGUUCCUGCCCGAGACACUGCAUCAACCUCUUUACGAAACGGUCGAGGAAGUUCCCGCGUCGGUUCCGCUCGGGCAGAGCCUACAGCAGAUGGUCACCUGCGGGGGCUCGAUCGCCUGCCAUAACUAUUGACCAUCUUCUUCUUCUUCUUCUUCUAGUACCUAAUUGCGGACAGCAGCAGUAAUGAUAGUUUCAUUCCAUUUC